AGGAGAAGCCGGGCGCGAGGUGGGCGACGAUGCGCUGGGCGAGGCGAUUCCGAUAUUUUUUGAAUUUCAAUUGAUCGAUUGGAAGGGGUAUUGUUGUCCAUUACCCUUUUUUUGGGGCUGUCGGAAAUUUUCUUCCGCGCCUUACAAAAGUGAACGGAGGGAGUAGUAAAACCAUGUGUGGCCUCGCGUGGCACAGGAAUCACGUGCUCCAUUUCGACGUGCAACAUAUGCAGAUCGAUCGUUCAGGAACGAACUCAACAUGCCCGAUUAAUCACAGGAAUUGAAUUAGGGGGCGCCGCUAAGAGAUACUAAUGUCGUGCCUGAUCGGGAGCAGGAGCCGACGCGUGCAAGCUGCGGUGCGCUGGGUUGGGCUGCACGGACUGCUCCAGCUUGACAGCGGACGUCGAUCUCAUCCCGGUGUCGUGUCGUCUCGAUCUCAUCGCGGUGCCAAUGUGCCAUCCCUGCAGUUCGCGCCAACCCACAAAGGCACUGACCCCUAGCCGCAGCGCUAUAUAUAUGGCUGCCCCGUCCGCUCUCCCACCCCACCACCACAGACCACACUGCUCGCAAGUCGCAACAAAGUCUCCCAACCAGAGCUAGCAGCAGCAAGCGAGCGCGUUCCAUAGCUCGUCGGGGCAAAGCAAGUCAAGGCAGCAUGUGCAACGUCAUCACGAUCCCGUCGAUCGCCUGGCUGCGCCGCGCCGUGCGCCGGUGGCGGGCCCGCCGCUCCACCGCCUCCGCCCCGGUUCCGUCGGGGCACGUCGCGGUCUGCGCAGAGGGCGCGCGGUUCAUUGUGCGACUGGCGCAUCUGAGCCAUCCGGCCUUACUUGAGCUGCUCCGGCAGGCGGAAGAGGAGUACGGCUUCCCGUCCGGCGCCUCCGGCCCCGUCGCGCUCCCCUGCGACGAGGACCGCCUCCGCGACGUCCUCCGCCGCGUCUCUUCCUCGUCCCACUCCGAGCAGCCGCGCCGCUCCUCCUUCUGCCGCCGCCGCGGCGACUCGCGGCCGCUGCUGCAGGGGGUGGCCUUCCCGUGAGCGCGCGCGCGCCGCUGCACCGAACGAUCGGGCGACGGAGCACACGCAGUUUCUGCCGCGCGCUGGUGACGGACACGGUCCCCCUGACGCGCACGCGCACGGCCCCCCUGAUCCGAAGGGCCGGCGUGCUCCUCUGCGCUGCGUAAUGCCGGCCAUCGGACGCGCACGUACUGGAGCUGGCUAGUACAGUAUGUGAUGGUGAUGGUGCUGGUAACUGAUUGAAGAAGGCGACAAUUUUUGGGGAUUGUUUUCUCUGUAACUAUUCUAAUAGUACUCGUCUGUGCAACUCCUUGCCGAGGCAUACGAGUAAAUUAAUUAAUAAAGAU